GCCAGUCACCACACCAUUGGCCUGUGCUGACGGCCAAUCACAACCAUCCGUAUCUCCGGGCGGGCGGCACGAGCUCAUUACCAUGCAGGUAUCCGACCAAUGGGAGGGCGUGUUUACCCUGCCCCGAGACGCGAGGUACGCAGUUGCACCGGGAGAGAAACCGCUGCUCGGAGAUCCGAGCCGCGAUCCAGCCAGGCCGGAAGCCGUAGUACCACAGCUUCCAUAGAUUGACGCAGAAGGCUCCUGCACAGCCUCAGAUGGAAAUAUUGUAGGAUUUCACUGAAGCCACAUGGUUGAUUUCAUGUUUUGAUUUUAAAUGGGCGUCGUACUUGGCCUUGCUCCUACCCUCCCUGUGUUUUGUGAUUUUAUUAUUUAUUGUUAUGCAAGGAUUUAACAUACCAAAAAGAUGAUCGGGGGCUGCUACGUUUUUGGCUGGGGAAGCCUGCGAUCGACUGAAUGCAACACCUAGAUCUGACGGAAAGGAUUAUUAUAUGGGUUGCAUUUGAUUUUCCUGACCUGCCCUAUCCGGAUUUCGGAUUACUUAACAUUCUUCGGAAUGGAAGGACGGGAUUUCGCUGCUCCGGCGCACCUCCUAUCAGAGCGGGGCGCCCUGGUGCACAGAGCCGCCUCUCGGAUCGCUCCCUCGGGCCACAGCUCUGUGCAGCACGCCGGUCACUUCCCGCCUGGGAAAUAUUACCCCUCGCACAUACCAAUGGCUCCCCACUCAGGCAGUGGAUUGAUGGGCAAUUCCUCCGCCUCCUUCAUGGGGACCUUUCUGGCCAGUAGUCUGGGUACCCCCCCUUCCCAUCCGCCUCACCCUUCCCGGCCACCCUCCUCGCCCUCCUCACCCUCCUUCCGGGGCGGACCCCACUCCGGCGCCUCGCAAAUCUGGUUCCCCCAUUCGCAUGAAGCAGCUCCAGGGUAUCCCCGAUUCUCAGGGAGUUUGGCCCACACUUUCCUUCCCAUGAGCCACUUGGAUCACCAUGCCAACAGUGGAGUUCUUUACGGCCAACACCGUUUCUAUGACACCCAAAAAGAGAAUUUCUACCUUCGAAGUCUACCGUCCCAGCCGCCUCUCAUCUCAGCCAAUCACAGUCUGCCACCUAUGUCCAGGGCAGGUUCGGGGCACUCUCAGGGGUCCUGCAGCAGAGAAAGAGAUCCAGGGGUGGGGACAGGUCUACAUAAGGGUCUUAAGGAGGGGUCGGUGGAGAGAGGAGUGGGACCUGUCAAGGACAAGGAGAGGUCCAGUAGCAAACAAGAUGCGAAGGAAAGACAGCAGCACCAACAGCACCAUAGCCACCAGCCACCCCAGCCAACACACCACCACCACCACCACCACCCCCAUCCCCAUCAUCAGCAUCCACACUAUCCACAGCACCCACUACCCCUGGAGGAGGUCAACAGCAGGGCAAUGGACAGACACAAGUCGUCACUCACAAUGGAGUACAGCAAGGAACACCCUCAAACUAUGGGGAAGCCCCUCAGUGCCUGCUUGCACAAUGGCAAAAUGCAAAAUGGAGAUGCAGGAGCUGGAGCGGGGGCCAAGGCCUCCAUGUCCAGCUGUGGUGGAGAGGGCACAGCCCUUGGGGCCAUGGGGGGUGGGGGUAGUAGCCAGGUCAGACAUAUGGUGUCCAGUGGCAGUAAUCGUUGCACCAAGGAGGGGGUUAGCAGAGAAAUGAGGAUCAGUGAACAACCAUCAGACUGUCUAGAGAGGGGUCAGGCACCCCUCCACCAUUCUCUCUCCUACUCUGUACCUCCGCCCUUACACAUGAGUUCUCCUGCAGGAGGGGGGCAUCCCCAUCCACAUUCUCACCCUCACCCCCAUUCACAUCCUCACCCAGGGGGCUUCCACUGCCUUCAGCUCCACCCCAGUCACCCACACCACCCACAUCAUUCCCACCACACGCACCACCACCCAGACUUUUUCUGCCCACCUCCUCCUGCUCCCCUUGCCAACUCUGCCUCACAUGAGAGGGGGUCAACCAAUGUGGUGCGAGAAGGUAAAGUCACAGGGCCUACAUUUGUGCCAUCUGUGGCAGACCUGGGAGACAAAUCCAGCGGGCCAUUCCAGCUCGGUAACCCUGACUGCCAGGGUGUGGGCGUUGGAGGGGGAGGUGGAAAUGCCAAGGACAAGGUAAUAGAAAAAAAUGGAGGUGGUGGGCACCAUAGUAGUUGGCACAGAAAACAGCAGCAACAACAACAACAACAACAACAACAACAACAACAACAGCAACAUCAGCAGCAGCAACAGCAACAGCAGCACCCAUACAGAGAGACUGAGAAGGCACCAGACUGGAUGCAAUCCCACCAUCAACACCUUCAGCCCUCACAGCUUCCUCCACCUCCCCAAUUACAACAGCCUCCACACCCCCAACAGCAACACCAAGUUGCACGAUCACGAAGCGCUGAGUGUAUCAACAGUGGUGUAGAUAUGGAUGUGUUCAGGUCCUCAGUGCCUCAGGGGCCAAAAGCUGGACACUCUGUCCCUCAUUCUGUCAACACAUCACCCUACAGAGACUGUUCCCAUCCCGGUCCCCAACCAAACUCCUCUCCCCUUGGAAGUAAAGGCAUGACUCAACAUAGUGGAGCUGGAGCAUCCCAUGGCCCUAGUCCAGGGGUCAGCUGCUCCUUACAGAGAGAUGGCCAAAAGGUAGCCAGGAUACGCCACCAGCAGCAUGGCCGACCUGGCCAAGAUACUCCUUCUCCUGCUGAGUUGAACCAAGUGACGAGUCAGGAGUUGAAAAGAAAGAUUGACAUGUCUCCUUAUGGUUACAGUAACAGCAGUGGGCAGCAUCACCACCAGCAGCCCACAGUGCCAUCCUGGGCCAUGAGGCCUCCAAACCACAUGCCACAACCUGAGGAGGAGCAGAGGAAGUCCUACAUGGAGUUAGGGAGCACUGGAGGACACUCCCAGCAGCAGCAGCAGCAGCAGCAACAACAACAACAACAACAACAACAACAACAGCAGCAGCAGCAGCAGCAACAACCAGGAAUGAGCCUGCCUCCUCCCCAACCUCCCCAUGUCCCUCCUCUCAGUCAGCAACAGCAGCAACCACAGCAGCAACAAGAGCCCCAGGGUCCUACUCAGGGGGAGAACAGUGCCAUGAAAAGCUUACUUAAGUACAGCAACCAGCAACAGCCACUGCUCCUCUCCCAGAAGAGUCCCUUUGGGGGCCUAGGAAACCUCAAAUCAGGUCCUGCUGGUGGGAGCUGUGCUCUACAGGGCAACAAACAGACUCUACCUUCCAGAAAAGGCCCAACCAGUGAAAACGAACGGCCUGAUUACAGUGGAAGGAGCAGGGAUAUGGGGGACACAGGUCAUGGAGAAAGUGAGGUGCGACAGCCACCGGUUGGGAUUGCAGUGGCGGUGGCCAGGCAAAGGGAGCCACCCUGUCGUUCAGCAGACAGCCAUUCCAACAGCCGUCAGGGCAGGGUGCAUCCCUCAGUAAAAGGAAUGCCCCGCUCCAUGUACCCCUCAGAUCCAGCCACUGAGGAGGAGAGGAAGAGGAUGAGCGGAGAACAGAUAGGUUUGACUUGUUUGGACAGAGAGAGAGAAGCAUAUAUCCGGGAUAACAAAGAAAGGGUUGAGUUCGCUAGAAUCCAUCCCUCCAACAGCUGUCAUGGAGACCUCACCUCUCAUCUCAUGGUGCCGGGCGGAGCUUCCCUCCAGUCUGGCCAGUUAGGAGAUCCGGCUGCACAUUCCGCUCACCAUCACUGGAUGCCAAGAACUGGAAGCCCAUCCCUCUGGAUGACUGGACACUCUUAUGCAGGUAUAGGUCACACGGCCCUACACCAGAAUCUACCCCCAGGUUUCUCUGCGGCAAUGUCAGGCCCUCUCCAGCCAGUUCUGCCUCUGCCUCAGGACCCCUCUGCCCAGCUGGUGGUUCUGCCCACUGAACCUCCUGCCCAUCCUGCAACUCAUCACCUGGAUGUGAUGGAGCAGCAAGGGCUGUGGCCCCCUGUGUACGGUGCCCGGGGCCCACCCUCCCACAUGCAGCAUCCUGCUGUGUACUCCCGAUCACAGUUUCUACGGCAACAGGAGCUGUAUGCUCUCCAGCAGCACCAACAGCUUCAGCAUCAGCAUCAACAUCAGCACCAGAGCCACCAGUCACAGCAACCACAGCCACAGUCUCAAAUCCAGCAGCAGCAGCAUCAGCAGCAGCAGCAGCACAGAGCUGUACAUGGCAUGGACAUGCAGCAUCAUACAACUCAUAAUUCCCAGAUGCAGAAGAGGCAGGAUGAGCCCUCGGUUGAGCUCGAAGAACUCAUUUCGGAACCCAGGACGCCUAAAUCCACCAAGCCCUACUCUUAUAACCCCCCUCAGAAGAACACAUCCCCCCCCGGGGCCUGCACUGCUCACCUGUCCCCUUGUUGUCAGUCUCCCUCGCUACGACCGCAUCCGAAAAGCACUCCCUCUACACCCUGCCCUGCUCCCAGCCCUGCUGCAGCCGCCCCUCACUCACCGGUUAUCAGCCCUGCACCACCACAAAUACCCAAGGGGAAUGAAGCCCAGGACAAGAGAGUGGAAGGACAGCCCCCGCAGGAGUACCCAGAGUCUCUGGAGCCUGAUCUGCCUCCUGGAUAUACCUAUCCCGCUAUGACCAUGAGCUAUAGAAGUGGACCCUCCCCCCAGGAUGUUCGACUGGCUGAGCCAGCCGACUUGGAAGCUGUCCAAGUGGAGCCUGCUGAGCAUGCUCCCCAGUCCCUUUCCAACCUCGGGGAGGGGCUAGAGUGCCAAGCGGUGGUCAGGCCCCUCCCGGAGCCACUGCUACCCAAGGAAGUGGAACAGGAAGAGGAGGAAAGAGUUGGUGAGAGAGUUCUGGAACAGAAGGAGGAGGUUGAGGUAGCGGUGGUGACAGCAGCCAGCUAUGUGCCUGGAGCGAAGGAAGUGGGGGAUCAGGGGCCUGCUGAGGAAGAGGUCCUGGUUUGCCCCCCUGCUGAGAGCCCGAUGUGUGAGGCUGCUUCCUGUCCGGACUCCCUCUCAACAGAAGAGCUUGAAAGGCCAGAGGCUGUCAUCACCUUAGAAGAGGAAGAUGAUGAUGAGGCAGUGGGUGAGGAGAGCCAGGUGGAGCCUGCUCAAAAGGUCAACAUGCCUGGAGAGAAAGAGCCAGAGCUGCCUACCAUCAUUGAGCUCGACCCUGCGUCCCCUGUAACCCCUGAGUUGCAGUCUCCAGCCCAGGAGGAAGCAAAGGACAGCAAGGAGAACGAGACGUUCCCUGAUGAUGCCUCAGUAGAUUUUGUGUGUCUUUCUCCUGCUUCUACUUCUGCCCCUGUAAGCCCAAGUCAGACAACUGUUGCCGUGCCCCACAAACCUCUCGUGCCCUGCUACUGGAGUCUGGAGCUGCUGAUCGCUGCAGCAUUCUGCACAGACGUACCCCCCUUCCCUUUGUUUCCUUUUAGUGCACCAUUAGUUGCCCCAUCACCGCCUAACCCCCACCAGGGUAUGGAGCUUCUCAGUGAGCUGGCUGAUCUGGAGCUACAACAGCAGAAGCACACCUGUGGGAAAAGCCAGGGAGACGAGAUGCUGAUGUUUGACCUCCAGAGCCUCGCCACCCUGGCCACAGCACGUGCAAUAGAGAUGGGAACGCAGGACGGCAGCGGUGCUGGUUCAGGGCGACAUUUCCCAGCCCGCAGGAUCCUCAAUUUACGCAGGAAAUGUAGCUGGACACCUCGCAAUGAACCGGUGUGUCCGGCCAAAGGUACCAUAGAAACUAUGGAUGGUUCUGAGCUUGCAAUGCGCGUGAAGUUGGCUGAGCUACAACGUCGCUACAAAGAGAAGCAAAAGGAGCUAGCCAAACUCCAGAGGAAGACUGAUCACCAGAAGGAGGAAACACCUCGAAGCCCAGCACGACGAGGACCAGGGCGGCCAAGGAAGCGGAAACCCACCCUCACCACAGGUCCAGUGUCCUCCUCUGAGGGCCAAAGAAAAGUCAAGUCGAUGGGGGCGGGGCUUGCCUUGUCGCCUGAGGACCUCGAAGGGGGCGGAGACAGCCAGAGAAGGAAGAAGAGGCUGUCCAGUCGAGGCUUUGAGCAACUCAGCAGCACACAGCAGAUAAAAGCACAGGGCUGCAGAAAAAGCAGUCUUCACAGCAUGCUUAGCUCCAAGCUGGCUAGUGAUGUGACUCAGCUCAAACAGAAAGCCCAUGGUAAAAAGAACCUCUCAGGGACAGGCUCCAGGGACAAGGAGCUUUCGCCCUGCAACUCCAACCCCAAGCAUAGACACAGAAGCCAGGGCACGAGCAAAGCUGAGUCCAGGCUGGAGUCAGGGGGACAAAGUGACACAGGAGCCAGUGCGGAUAGUGGUACCCAAGAGAGCUGGGCGGGACUGGUGCGCCGUGGACGUAAAAGAGGAUCCAACUCCCUUACACAGGGUUCCUCUCGUCUGAGCCAAUCAAGAGCCAGAGUUCUCAGAGGUCAGAGACGGGACACGAUGGAAGACGGAGAGAGCUCUCCUGAAGACAGUGACUCCUCUGAUCAAGAUGAUGAAGAAGAGGAAGGCAGUUAUGAUACCGAUGAAGGUCAAAACUACAGAGUCCAAUCCUCCAGAGAUGUCACUUCCAGCUCCUCCAUGACAGGUCCAAGCCCCUCAUCUAUUGUGAAACUGGAGGCCAACCAAAAAGCCAGGAACAAGAAACAGAGACAAGAGCUCUAUGGCUCCCAGAGUCUGUCUGGAGCAGAGGGGGAGGUCAAAGUAAGAAAGAAGCCCCCCUGUAGGCUGAGCCUAGCCACUGCAGUCAAAAACCACCACGAAGAUUACCGGCCUGAAGGGGUAAGAAGGCCAUGUGUGCCCAGGUCUAAGGAGCCUCGAUGGGGUAGCCUUGGGACCAGAGGAAAUCGUUACAGGAGAAGCAUGGGAUUGGCUACCUUCCCGACUACUACUGAGAGGCUGAAGAGGGCGACCCGCAAGAGCACUAUGUUGAGAGGAGCAAUCAAUAAGCAGAGAAGAGGCUGCUGGUCAGUUGGAGCCCCAUCAUCACAACCUGAGGAGGGCAGCAGGGGAAGAAGGAGCAAUGAUCAGCAGUCAAAGGGACGAGCAGUGAGCAGGCUGCUGGAGAGCUUUGCUGCUGAUGAGGGCUUUCAGAUGGAUGGAAGCAGCUUCUCAGAGGAGGAGGAGGACAACGAGCGUGCAUACAACAGCAAGAGCCCCGAAGCUCCAAACUGUGUCCUUACCAAAGAUCUAUUAGUUGACGGCUUGAAGGUGCUGAUUUCCAAGGAAGAUGAGCUUCUGUAUGCUUCCAGGGUCCGCACUCUUGAGAUCCCGGACAUCUUCAGCAUUGUUAUUGAUGGUGAAAGAGGAAACCGCCCAAGAAUCUAUUCACUGGAGCAACUGCUACAAGAAGCUGUCCUGGAUGUACGUCCUGAAUCAGAGGCCAUGCUCAGCGAAGGAACCAGGGUGUGUGCUUACUGGAGUGAACGCUCACGCUGCUUAUACCCAGGCUACGUCCGCAGAGGUGGUUCAUCUGAUGAAGGGAAGCAAGGAGGAGUGAUGGUGGAGUUUGAUGAUGGAGACCGAGGGAAGAUUUCUCUCCCAAACAUCCGCCUCCUGCCUCCAGGAUACCAGAUUUACUGUCCGGAGACUUCGCCUGCUCUGUUGAUACCUAGCGGGACAUCAGCCAAGAGAAGUUAUUGCCUGGAGCAGGUUCCCAUCAGUGACAGACCUCUUGACAGACUCAGCACUCAUAAUAAUGUUAUCAACAACAUCAACAGCCAAACUCUGACUGUCCAUAAAAGAAGACCAGGGAGACCAAAGGGUUCUGGGAAGAAACAAAAGCAGCAGCAGCAACAGGCUGAAAACGCCAAUAAAAACCCUUCACCUUUCCUGGGUUGGCCGUCAAUGACGAGCACCAGGAAGAGGACGUCUGACAACUUGUUCCAGCUCAACGGGACACCCAGGAAGGCCUUGAGAGGGAAGGGGGAUGAUCUCUUUUCCUUGCCUAAGUCCCAGAUGCUGGCUUCUACACCAGCCAAAGGCAUUUUCAGCAGCAGCUCCUUUGAGGUGGACUCCUUCAGCAGCAUUGCAAAUGGCUAUUCGUCCUUCUGCACUCAGUCUACACGGCAAAGUCAGAGUUUGUCUCUGGGCUCCAGAAGUGGUCUGUAUGAUCAGAGGUGCAGGCAGGACGAGUGUGUCAUGCCAAAGAGCAGGAAGUCUGGACAAGAGUUCCUGGUCAAGUUAGAUCAUGAAGGAGUGACCUCCCCAAAGACAAAGAACAGCAAAGCUCUACUGCUGCGAGGUGGAUCUUCUGGUGUGAGUUGUAUGCCAAGGACGGAGGCUUACUCACACCCAGUCCUGCUGGUUAAAGACAACAAAAAGGGGGGUGCCUCCCGGGUGGAACUUCUCGUGAAAGGAACAACACCUCAAAGAAAGCCCUCUGAUUCUCUACGUCUGGGUGAAUACGCAGACAUGGGCUUCAGCUACCACAGAGAAUGUCACAGCUCAUACUCUGAUCUGGAUGAUGAAGAGGACGAGAGGAGGAGGGCUGCACUGGCUGCAGCCUCAGGAGGACUAAGGACGGCUGGCCGCUUCCUUUCUCGUCUCUCUGUCUCCUCUUCCUCUUCUGGUUCUUCAAGCUCCUCCUCCUCAGGCUCUCUCUCCAGUUCUAGCCUGUGUUCCUCUGACAAUGAUUCAUCCUAUAGCUCUGAGGAUGAGGAGAGUUCUACGCUGAUGCUGCAGAGUUGUCUGUCUACCCACCGGGGUCUCCUGCAGCCCUCUGAACCUUCCACUUCAUCAAGGCCACACCAGCACUCUUUUGUGGCCAAAGCUGUGGCUGUUUCCAAUGCCAAAGGAGGACUCCCCGAACAGGUGUCCAAUUCUAAGUCCCUGAAGAGGAAAGAAUGCAUCAGUUCUGCCUCUAAACCAUCCAAGGAUUUUGUAAAGAAGCCUAGGAUGCUUCCUGAUGACAGUUCAUUUAUUCCAAGGCCCAAGAUGUCUUCAUUCCUUGCAGGACGACAAAUGUGGAGGUGGUCAGGAAACCCUACACAGCGGCGAGGUCUUAAAGGCAAGGCCAGGAAGCUCUUCUAUAAGUCUAUUGUGCGAGGAAGAGACACCAUGAAAGUGGGAGACUGUGCUGUGUUCCUCUCAGCUGGGCGCCCAAACCUCCCGUACAUAGGCCGGAUUGAAAACUUCUGGGAAUCCUGGACCUCCAACAUGGUAGUUAAAGUCAAGUGGUUUUACCACCCUGAAGAAACCAAGCUCGGAAAGAGGCAUCAAGAUGGCAAGCACGCCCUGUACCAGUCGUGUCAUGAGGAUGAGAAUGACGUCCAGACAAUCUCCCAUAAGUGCCAGGUGGUGAGCAGGGAGGAGUAUGAGUGUCUGACUCACAAUCAGAAGCCGAACAGUACUUCCCCAGACCUUUACUACCUGGCCGGGACGUAUGACCCCACAUCUGGUCAGUUGGUAACUGCUGAAGGGGUUUCCAUCUUGUGCUGAACCUCAGUGAGGACACUACUGAAGGACUCCUUUGGAGGAAGUUAAAGUCCAAGAAGUUAUCUACAAGACUCUCAGACACUGGAGGAUGACAAGUAUUCCUUGGGUUUGCCUCAAGGAUCCAUGGACUAAAAUGUGAGCACUAAAGCAGGACUGCCUGAGGUUACACGCUGGAGUCGACAAGCAUGAGGGGAAAUGAGGGGAUGCCCAAACAGGUUGAUCCUGUCAAGAAGAAUAAGAGAAAGUCUGGCUCUUCCUGGGCAAAUUCAAUAAGUGGCAUUUCGAUCGUCUUACUAAUCUCUUUUUAAUGGAUCCAUUUGUGGACAACUUUAAGGAGACUCAUGUUUCCAGCUCUCAUUAUAUGCCACCAAAGGAGAGCUGAGAGUGAAUUUUUCUGUGGAAGUACCAUGUGGAAUAGUCUUUGUGGACCAAUUCUUUAAAAGGUAGCCUUACCUAAGGGAAUGGAAACAAAAGUGAGGCUUGGGGCUCCCCCUGGACCUCUUCAUUCCAGGGAAGUAAAAAACAUGUAAAGGAUGUAAAGUUGAUGUCUGUAAAUAUUUGGAAUUUUUCCCAAUCAAGCCAUACACUUCAGUACCUCUCGCCUGUCUAAACAGUUCAGGUGUACAUUGUACAGUUCAAUUAUUGUAUUGUUGUCUGUUGUCUAUAUGUACAUAAAAACUAUUUUAUAUAGGAGUUUAUUGUAUAUAUGAGAUGUAUCUUUCCAUGUUUGCGAUUGAUUUAUUUUUAUAUGGGUGUAGAAUACAUGUUUUUCCUUUUGCUUUGGGAAGUCAAGAUUGGAGGUGUUCGUGUUGCACUGCAUAUGCCCUGCUGAGACCGACAGAGACAGACAGAGCACAAACAAAGACAGAAGGAUUUAGUCUAUGACAGGACAAGGCCCACUUUCUUAGAGAAAAGGGUCAUCCUGUUUAAAAAAUAGGUCAAGUGGCUUUUUGUAAGUGUUCAGUGUCUUUGCAUAUUUGUUAUCCUACUCUAAUAACACCUUUUUAUUUAUGUACCUCUCAGUUGGUCAUUAUCACAAGGCAGAUCCCAUUGGACUGCAAUCACGGGUCAAAAUGAUUUAAGAUUAAUGAUAUGAGCAUACCGUUAUGACACAAUAUUUGUGUGUGAUGAGUGUCCAGGCAUCACUAUAAUCAUGUCCACACAAAUCAAUGACGAACAAGACUGGGUCUUAUAAUGAAAAUGCAUUAAAUGUGCUCUCAUGAAUGCAUAGUUCAGCACAUUAUGACCGACUAAAUACCAAAGUGUCUUUAAUAUCUUUAUUUCUUUAUUUAAAUUUAACAUUAUGUCGAGCACCUGUACUGAACUCAAAUCAGAAAUCACUGGUAACUUAUAGAAUUCUUGUCCUCCACUAUGUGCAUAAAUAUAUAUAUUGGCUUUGCAUUGUGACAAUGGUUUCUUGCACAUGUACCUGCAGUUGUGUUUAGUGCAAACAUAUGCAGCAAAAGGCCACCUGGAAGUGUGACUAUGAAGGUCAAGGUACUGACAAAGUAAGACGUGGUGUGCUGACAAUUUAUUGGAAUUAGUCUAUUUUAAUUUCAUCAGCCAUCUGUGUCUAUUUUGUACAGUACACGCACAUUCAAAAUGCUAACUGUGAAGGACAAUCAGAUUCACAAAGCAAUGGACAUAGGUUAGGUUCACGUAAUCUGAAAAUGACUUAAGUUUAUUUAAUUUGUGCCAAGUACAUUUUUGUCUCUUUUUUGUCUUGUUUGAUAUGCAAUCCUGAGUAUUUUUUUUGUUCACAAAGUUUUAUUUUGUUGGCCAACAUUUAUUUAUUGUCAGUGUUGCUGUUUUUUCAUGCCAAGAGCGCUUUAUGAGAAUGUGACAUUGUUUUUCUUGGUGUGAUGUCGCAUUUGCAUUUCUUAAAUAAAACUGGUCUUGUAGAGGCCAUCUAGUGAAAAGAAAUAAAGCAACACUGGAUUCUUCUCAUCCACAAA